AACACUAAAUGCUCCAGCUUUGACUCACCAGAGUCAAGUUUCUGCACAUUCAGGUGUCAAUCUAUUUAUCCACACAAAAGCAUAACACAAGAAGAAGAAGUUUCUCAACACCAUGGCCCCCCAAGACAUGCUGUUUCCUUCCACAGGAAAAAGGCGUUGCUGGUGUGAUAUGUUUUUACUUCCACAAAGACUGCUGAAAGUUAUUUCGCCCAUGCCCUCUGAUGAACGCAGACUAGAUUUUUGCUCCAAGGAAUUGACUUUCCCUGCUUAAGGUCUGAACAGAUAGAGGAAAAGAAACACCCUUAAAAUGUGUGACAUAAGAAAAAUGCUUCUUGCUGCACUUCUUUUCUACUUCCAAGAGAACGCAGGGACCACAAAGCUGCUGGACAUGGCCCCAGAUGCUGUAGAUUACGUGUACGAUGGAUGCCGUAAAGAGGCAACGGAGAAGUUUAUCCAUUCAGGACUCUUAGAACAAGAGCUAAAGAACAAUGUGCCAUUCAAGCAUUCAUGGGGUACAACUUGUUCAAAGCAGAUCCCUGGAGGAACAAAAGAACAUACUGCUGCACUGUCGGCAUACGCUGAUGGGAGUGAAGAUUUUACAAAUGCAUUCGACAAUGAAGUAAAGACACUGGGCGUAAACGUGAGCACCUAUGAAGACCGCUUCCAAUUCAAGUCCCUCCACUUUCUUCUCAUGGAUUCAAUGUUUCUGCUGAGGACAAAAAAGUGCAAGCCUCUGUAUUUUGUCAAGGAAAAAGAAUAUACGGCACAAAAGGGCUCAAAGGUGAGAUUUGGAAAGUUCGUCAAAGUUGAUUCAAGUUACAGUAUGCUAUGGAAAAAUGAUGAUUUGGAGGGUAUGGUCCUGUUUAAUAUCACUUCUUGCUUCUUUGUUAACCUGGGAAAGAACAUUUGCAGUAAAGACAAUAGCAUGUCCCUCAUAUCUCCAGCUGAAGUAUUCACUGUGGAAGCAGUAAAUGAAAAAAUAGACGAUAUAAAUGAGUCUGAAUACACAGAGAUUGUUUUGCAACACUUACAACUGGGCAAUGCGGACAUCUGUUCCAGUCUGUCAGGAUCCCGAGCUAAUGUCGCCUCCCAGUGGAUUGUGGUGACGCUUGUGGCGUUAUCUCUCUUGAUCUUUAGCUUUUGAGAACAAAUGAAAAACAAUUAGCACGAUGCUAUUUCUGUUCUGCUCUGACACACACACUGUUUAUCACCGUCAUAUCACUGUUUUUGAAAGGCUUAAAACACAUUAACUUUAUAACAUCAGCAGAUACUGUAUAUAUGCUGGAAUCAAUCAUUAUGAGAAAGGUAUUUCUUUUCUUUUCUUAUUUACUUUUGGGGGGAAUUUCGUAUAUUGGUCGGUUGAGGCUGACAAACAUAAUGGAAACUUGGUUUUGUCCUCAAUUCAUGUUUUAGUAAAUCAUUUUUUUCUUCUUGUGAUAAUGAUAACAGCCGGAACAUUUCCCAGAAUUACAGCAUGUGUUAUGAUUAUGACAAUAUUGAGUGCAAAGUGGCUUCAGUAGAAGUUGCCACACACAUAGAAUGCUGUGUCGUCAAGAGGAGAAUUGAUUUUUUCAUUUGUAAAUGUAAUGUGUUUAUAUAACUUGUAGUCUCCAAUUCAGUAAAUGUUUUACAGUUUUUAUAGUUAAUCUAUAUAGCAUCUAUCAAUCUAUAACACUCAAAUAAACAAUUCACCACAA